GGACCUUGACAUUGAAGGCGGGAAAACAUUUGUUGUUAUUUGUUUCCACAAUAAUCUAACCAUUUACUAAUGGAAGGAAUAAAAAGUAGAUAUAGGAAAGAAGAAAUACCGAUGGACUCAGUGAGCUUCUGGAGUCUCUAACUUUUGAUGUGCUCAAAGCUCAACCAGAAGACGUGCUCACUUUUUGCGUAGAAAAUUUAACUCAGAAACUUUACAACAGAUCUAAAAAUGACACAUAUGAAGCAACCGGUGAACCAGAGGAAGAUGCCAAAGAUACGUUCAGCUCAACUGAAGGUGGGCCAGUCGUCCAUCCUGUACAAAUUGAAAGCUUUAUGUCUGAAGAAUUUACAAUGAGUCAACAGUGUACAAGUGUACAACGUCGUCAAGGUGUUAUGGGAGUUAGUAUAGAUCCAGAAAAAGCAUAUAAUUAUAAGAUAACAAUGUAUCCUAAAAGUGAAGCACAAAAAGAAAAGUUAAUGCAAGUUGUUCAUGAUAUUCAUUUACUUCGAUGCCUUGAUAUUGAUGAUCAUAUAGAAUUAGUUAAUGCAAUGUUUGAAUGUAAAGUGGAACCAGGUGAAGAAAUUAUUAAAUAUGGUGAAGAUGGUGAUAAUUUUUAUAUCAUUGAAGAUGGUAACUAUGAAAUAUAUACUAUGAAAGAUAAGAUAAUGCAAAAAAUUACUGAAUACAAAGGGAAAGGAUCAUUUGGUGAAUUAGCUUUAUUGUAUAAUACACCAAGAUCAGUAACUGUGAUAGCAAUUACUAAAGGUACAUUAUGGGUAAUAAAACGAGAUAUAUUUCAUGCAAUUAUUACAAUGAAAGCAUUUAAAAAACGUAAAUUAUAUCAAUCAUUAUUAGAAAAAGUUGAUAUACUUAAUUUCUUAACACCAUAUGAACGUAUAAAUCUAGUGGAUAUAUUACAAACACGUAUUGUGGAAAAAAAUGAAGUAAUCUUUUUACAAGGUGAAUUAAGUUAUGAAAUGUAUUUUAUAUUAUCUGGUUCGGUAAAGGUUAUUAGUGAAGAGAAUAACAAUGAACUAGAUAAGCAACAAGUUGAAUUGUAUAAAUUACAAGAGAAUGAUUAUUUCGGUGAAUUAGCCUUGUUGACAACUAAUCCACGUACUGAAUCAGUUUAUGCAUUAGAACAAACAUGUUUAGCUGUUUUAGAUGUGAAUAGCUUUUAUCGAUUGUUAGGACCAUAUCAAGAAGUAUUGUAUCGAAAAUUACAAGUACGAUUAUCAAGUGGACAGAUUAAAUAGGUAUGUGAAUUAUAUUUUAAUGAAUAUAAAAGUCACUAUACUAUUUUAUUUUUGCCUUUCAACAACUGAUGAGAUUUGUGUUCAUCUCUCCUUUCUCUCUCUGUCGAUGCGUAAAACCGAAAAAUUGUAUUUUUGUCGCAAAACUUUUCAAGUAAAUAAAAGAUUUCGG